AUGGCUGAAAAGCUUUCCAUGGGCAUGGGCCGACCAGCUCCUCCAAUACUCCCUGAUUCCGAGCAUUAUGUUGUUGACUUCGACGGGAUAAACGAUCCCGCGCACCCAUACAACUGGAAGUUCACUAUCAAGCUAUUAAUCUCCAUCCUUGUCUGCAGUGGAACAUUUAUCGUGUCAUUUACCAGCGCCGUGUUCGCACCAGGGACCGAUCAAGCUAGCAGAGAGUUCGGAGUUGCAUCUGAAGUUGGUACACUGGGUACAAGUUUAUACGUGCUCGGAUUUGCUGCAGGGCCUAUAUUGUGGGCACCUAUGUCGGAGCUGAAAGGACGCAAAUGGCCUCUUACUAUUUCAAUACUCGGCGGUGGUAUUUUCACCAUCGCGUCUGCGGUCGCGAAAGAUAUACAGACCCUCAUCAUAUGCCGCUUCUUCGCUGGCCUGUGUGGCUCAAGUCAGCUCACCGUCGUACCCGGAGUACUAUCUGAUCUCUUUGAUAAUACCUAUCGGGGUAUGGCAAUUGCUCUUUACGCCCUGACGGUCUUUGUCGGACCUUUCAGUGCGCCUUUCACGGGGGGCUUCAUUGUGUCAAGUUCACUUGGCUGGCGGUGGUGUCUCUAUAUUCCGUCGAUCUUGUGUUUUGUUAAUGGAGUCGCCUCUAUAUUUUUGCUGCGGGAAACAUAUGCGCCAUGCAUUCUCGUUGAAAAGGCUGCCAAACUUCGCCGCCAGACAGGCAACUGGGGAAUCCAUGCUAAACAAGAACGAUUAGAUGUGGACUCCGGGGCACUCGUCCAGAAAUAUUUCACUCGUCCACUGAGAAUGCUGGUGACGGAACCGAUUAUCCUCUUGGUGUCAAUGUACAUGUCCUUCAUAUACGGACUUGUGUACGCGCUUCUUGAAGCAUAUCCGUAUGUUUUCGAGUCUAUAUACGGCAUGAAACCUGGAGUCAGCGGGCUACCCUUUGUUGCACUCAUCAUUGGCCAAAUACUUGCUUGCAGCUUUAUUAUCUCCCAAUAUGCGAUGCAUGCGAAGAAAUUGGCAGAAAAUAAGAACUUGCCGGUCCCUGAAUGGCGUCUCCGUCCGGCCUUGCUAGGGGCCCCAGUCUUCUCUGCUGGAAUUUUCUGGUUUGGUUGGACUGCUUUUACGCCUUCAAUUCACUGGGCCGUUGCCACUGUCGCUGGAGGCUUUAUUGGAUUUGGUGUUUUGUGUGUCUUCUUUCCAUGCUUCAUCUACCUUGUCGAUGCCUACUUGCCUCUGGCAGCAUCGACAGUGGCAGCAAACAUUAUACUUCGCUCUUUGGUCGCUGCUGGGUUUCCACUAUUUUCCAAACAGAUGUUUCAAAAUUUGGGGGUGCAGUGGGCUUGCACAUUGCUUGGAUGCCUCGCUGUAGCGAUGAUACCGAUUCCCUUUGCAUUCAUGAAAUAUGGACCAUGGCUUAGAGACAAGAGCAAGCUCUUCAGUUCAUAUUGA